AUGUCUCAACCAGACGAAGAGCCCACCUUUUUCGAGCGAGAACGCGAUCGUCUAGCCCGAGAAAUUACAUCCGGCUUCGAGGAGCUGCUCUCAUCGACCAAUGGCCUGAAUAGAAAGCUCGAGGAGGUCCUAGGAAUGACCAAAGAAUACGAUACUAUUGCUGCAUUGUGGAAAAGUUUCUAUGAACUCAUGAGACAGUCUGAUGCUGGGGAUACCUCUGUGGAUGAAAGAUCCCAUGGUCUUCCUGGCACCGGUGGCCACACCAUCGCGAUGAAGUAG